AUGGUAUCAGCCCCCGAUUGGGCUGUCUUCUCCUCAGGACUGCUGCUGCGGUGUCGCGCAGAAUUCCACAGAGUUAAGACAGUAGAGAGAGCGGUGCUGCAGCUGCAUGCGUUGAGGGAACAACUCGAUGAUGCGGACCCUCCUGCUUGCUUCCGACUCUUCGGUUUGCUUUUCCAUGCUGACCUCCUCACUUGGUGGGAGCUGCAGCGCGAAGUUGCUGUACGAAUGAUGCGUAUCGGCGCAACUAUCACGGCUGCUGAGAAGUUCACAGAGCUGCAGAUGUGGGAGGAGGCUGCCGAUUGCCUUGUUGCCGCUGACCGGCGAGCGGAUGCUAGAGCCCUUCUGGAGGAGCAGAUCGCAGCCCGGCCAACUCCUCACCUUCUUUGCACGCUGGCGGAUUUAGAAGUCCCGGAAAACGCCAAGAGAGCGGAAGACCUGUACAAGGAAGCAUGGAUAUUCGGAUAG